GCAUAAAAGAGUUUUUUUUGUGUAUAUUUGUAUGUUUUUUUGUUGAUUGCCUGAAAUCGUAAAUUGAACGAAAUUCGCAAGUACAAUGUCAUCAGCAUCGUUAGUUGAAAAGCGUUCGUUGCGAAAGUCUCAGUCAAGAAAUAUUGAGACGUCGUCCACAUCAAUAACAUCAGCACCGCCGACGACGUCCGAGUCUAAUCGCCGUUUGAAGGAACAAUCAAUGCGAUCCAAGCAACGCGACAGUUUACCUGAUAUCGGGGUGAGGAAGGGUAAUCGCAGUGUACGCGCCUCGAACUUUGAACUGAGCAGCAGUGCCAAUGAUUUUGAUAGUACAUCUAACAAUCAUGAUCGACAAUCGGCGGCUAAAUCAAUGGCUGCUAAAUCUAAAGCUGCCACCAAAACCACCACGAGCAAUGUAAACAAGUCGGAAGUUAAGCCACCAGACGACAACGUUUUGGGAAUGCUCAAAAUGAGCUCAGUGGAACAAGAGAAUUAUAAAAACCAAGCAGAGAUGGAAUAUAGUGAGCUAACGAAGCAAUUGGAACAUUUGCAGAUGAUUGUCGAACAAGAACAGAAAAAUCCUACGUCCGAUUACGAUGAAUCGAUCGAGAAGCAACAACAAUUCAAUGAAACGCUGAGAACUCAGGUUGCUGAGGCAAAAGACAAGCUCAAGAGUCUAUCGCAGUCAUUGAAGACGUUACGUUCAUGUCGUAAGGAUUGCAACAUUCAUAUGCGAGAUUUGAUCAUCGAUUACAAUUGCAUCACAAAGAGUGAGCUGUCCAAGGAGCUUAAGCGCUUUCAGCGCAUGGAAAUCGAUUUGAAAAACAAUUUGGAUCGACUACACUGGCGCAUGGAUUGUGAAUCGAAGAUGUAUCACAAUUUAAUCGAUCAAUACCAUAAACUACAAAUGGAUUUGUUUUAUUUAAAAAAUUUAACGGAAAGUUCAUAAGUCACAACAACUGGCUUGCUGGAAUAAAAAUUAAUAUAAUAUACAAAAAAGCUGCUGUUGCUGCAGGAUGUAUGUUCGCAGAGAAUGUCACACUUUUGAGAUUUCAAUUAUAGAUUUCAAUGUGCAAGAAAUAAAGUUCAAUCCAUUUGU